AUGAACCCCAUCGCUACCGACUCACACCAGACCUACUUUGGCCUGAUCAUGUGUCUCCAGGAUGCCCUUCUUAUCCUCGAAGGAAUCCGUCUUAAUGUGCUCCGGAAGGUCCAACGGCGUCUCACCGAUGUCGAACGUAAAUGUAUUGUUGCCGGCGCCAUCUAUGCCUGGAACGAGACAGAGCUGACCAUGAAGCGCUGGACCGACGGCAAGUCGUGGCUGGCGUCCAAGGUCAAGGGCCCAUUUCUCAUCUACAACGAGCUUGAUAGCCACCGCAACGUGAAAUCCGGCGGCUUGGUGAAGCAGAGCUUUUCUCUUACCACCAAGCAGGGCGAGAAAUUCCACAUGAUUGCCUACUACAACCCAGAGGACCGUUCGCAGGGUGUGCUUCCCGGCACCAUUCCUUCGCAGGACUCGACGCUUCUCAAGCUCCAUUUGGACCCAUCGGUCUACCUGUCCGACUUCUUGCACUACGGUGAGACUUCGACUGCGCAGGGCUACUACCAUGGUGUUCCUGAAUCUCAGGCUCCUCACCCUCGUCUGAGACCUCAGAGCUACAGCUAUCCUUCUAGCAGCGCUUCGUCAAUGCACAAUCCUUCCGUGACUUCGGUGUCGUCUGCUGGUGCAGGCGCCGCUCCCUCUGUCAUGUACAACUACCCUCAAUCUUACUACUGCCACCCUCUGUUGAUGCCUUACCAAUACAACACCGUGCCUCAAUCGUACCAGUACGCACCUCAGCCCCAGCAACAGGUGUACAUGCAAUUGAUGCCUGCUCCUGCCCACUCCUACGGAUACAUUGCCGACCAGGACCACAGAGGCUCCACGGCUUCACUUAUCAACGGGUUGCCCACGCCGGCCUUGUCCGCAAGCAGCACCCGCUUCUCCUUCUCCGCUGCCCCAGAGUCCGCCCAGUGCGGCGGUCUGUCGCCAGGAACCCUCCACCGUCGCUCCGAUGCGCUGCCCACGCUAUCGCAAACGCACUUGCACAACGCUCCACAUUCUCCACAAUCAAUUCCAUCGCCUAGUUUGCAGCGUGCUGGUCUGGGCUACGUGAUUGACCCCAUGGCGGCUGGUUCCGUUUACGGCACUGCAGUUAUGUGCGGGACGCAUAACUACGACAGACCAAAGUUGGGCAAGCCUUUCUACGUGUAA